UUCCUCUAAUACGGAGAUAGGAAAAAGGGAGGAAGCGAUGUUCCCAUCAGAAGAGGGAGGGAGAGAGGUAGAGAAAAAUCUUGAAGGUGGGGAAUCAAUGAUAACUUGUGAGGACUGAGGAGAGGGGGAGAAUGGGCAAGAGUAGAGAAGUAAGUACCAAGUAUAGCUCCUAUUUUCAAAGUUCAACCUAGUCCCAGUCCCACUUUUAAUGUUUGGUCACUUUUUGCUCCUUUGUAGAUAUUACGUUUGAUUCUGUGAAUGUGUUUAGGAGACUUUCUAUUAAUUCUCAUUUAGUCAUUUGUCAUUUGUCAAGCACAGUUGAAAAUAACAUAAGACAAAGACUAUCCUUUAAUUCCCUAAUUAUUCAUCUGUAAAUAGGGCUGUCUCUCGUCAUCUUCCCUGUGUGUCGAUAAACUCCUACCAGCCACACUUCCCUAUCAACACACGGCAAAUCUGCGAUGCGGUAUGAUGACACAGUGAAUUGAGGCGGUGGUGGCAGCACAGCGACGCGGCGGCGGCGGUGGCAGCACAGUGACGCAACAGUGAUUAUUGCGCUUCUACAUCUCUCAAGUUUGACAGAUCUCCCUAAAUCUGAAGCGGACUACGAAUGAGGUGAGGGACGCCGGAGAAAUAGACAUCUUCGUCUCCCUUCUUUUUCUUCGCUGCGAACUCCCAUGGUCUCAUCCUAUUUUUCUAGCGUAGGAGAACCUGCUAUGGGAAAAUUUUCGCCCAGCUCUUUUGCACGAUGGAAUUCACGUUUGUUCAUGAUUUCUGAGUUUUAAAUCUGAUUCUGGUUGUUUUCUUGGUCGGAUUUCGAAGCAAAUACCAUCUCUAAGCUUGGAUUUGGUGUUUCUAAGAAGAAUGACGGCCAAAAAAUCUCAGAAUCGAGAUGUUGGUUCGCGGCUUUACUGUUCACUUUCGCAAAUUGAAUUUUGUUCUUUAAUCAAGCUGGUGCAGUAGAUUGGGGUUUCUUUUGUUUUGUUUGGGCUAUUUAACCGGAGGCGGUACCUCUUUAGCUUUCGUGUUGUAGGUAGUACCGUGUCCUCGUCGGUUUUUAUCCCAACCUGCGAUUUGGGGAAAAUUUUGACUGCAGUUCUUAUGGCCAGCAAGAAACAGGGUAAAGGUGUGGCUACGCCAUCUGUGAACACCAGGUCUCGGGUUGCUGUUGGUUUCAAUGCGUUAGAUAACUUGGACGAUAACUUCCCUGCACUACAUGGUGGUGGGAAGUCUGGGAAGCAGACUGUGGACACUAUGGCAGACCCUGGGAUGUGCUCUAACUUUGCCAAGGAGCUGCUGGAACCUGGGGAUGUGUUGCUUAGCUCUGGGAAGCAGGGGAAUGCAACUAAACCUGUUGCUCCUGCUGCUGAUCCUGGAGCUGGGGAUAUUUCUGUUAAGCAGCUAGCAUUUAAGGCAGCCCUAACUGCACAAAAACAGUUGGCAGUAACCCGAGGACCUGGGAGUGUGUCCAAUAAGAGUGUGGCUCUAUCACCUGAUGCUGCUGAAAAUGUGAAAUCACCUGCUCUUGCAAGCAUGAAACCUGCUGCUGCUGAAAGUAUGAACAUUGUCACAUUGUUGAUAGGUGAUUAUUAUAAUUGUCAUGGUAAAGCACCAAAGAGAUGCAUUAGCAAAUGAAGAUAGUUCACUUUCUCAUAUUGAUCGAUGCAGCUUACCAUACGAAGAAGAUUAGCAAAUGAAGCUAGUUCACUUUCUCAUAUUGUUUUUUUUUUUUUUUUUUUUGAGAAAAGAAAAGUGCUAUGUUUUAUUCUAUGUUUACUCCGUGUGUUAUGACAUUGUUAUAAAUGUUUGGUUCCACUUUCAUUGUUAUUCUUAUGACAUUGUUAUUGACCUUUUUAUGACAUUGUCAUUGUCAUUCUUAUGACAUUGUUAUUGA